AUUACGGCCUCUUCACACCGCCAAGCGUGGAGGAGUAGGGCAGAUUCGAUUCACGUGACUGAGGGAAGAACUGAUUAUGCCUGUUUUUUACAUGAAUCGUUUUGAUUCUAAGCACCUUUCCUCAUCAAAGAUUUCUGAACUACAAUAAUGCUGCAGGUCCUGUACCUAGUCAUUUACUUAACAACCUCUCCAGUCAUUAAUAUUUUUGGAUCACAAAUUGAAGCAAGAUGGGCAGUAAAAUAUUUGGACUACCGCUACAACCACUCACAAUAUUUCGUGGGAACGUUCAACAUGACUCGCAUCAUGUGCGGUGUGAUGUGUUUCCACAGAGCGGACUGCGUCUCCUUCAACCACAAUAAGGGAACAGAUGAGUGUGAUGUCCUGAACACUGCAUAUUACGCGGCCAUUAAUGACACUGGCUUGAUCGCGGCUCCGGGUUGGGACUACUUCAACUUCUUGCAACCACGACCUCAGAAUACUACCAAUUACUGUCCAGGUGGAAGCGUCUACCUGCAGUACGAGCAGCCAGCUUUCUCGAAGUACGACCCCAGCCUGGAAGGGUUUGCUUGCACAAAUCACUCAGCAAUAAUGGCGCAGGCUGUCAGCGGGAAAAACUGCCGGCUGACUUUGAAGUAUGAUGUCGACUAUCAAAAUGGAACAAGUCCAGGGUAUGAUGGAGUAGUAGCCCCUUACUACGAUGCUCUAAAGCAGUGCCUUAGCAACAGCUGCGCUGGCAUGACUUGCACCUCAGGUCAGUGCUGGUUGAAAACUGAGAACCAUGUCCUAACAGGCAAGACGUUGUUUCCAUCGAACAAUACGCUCUACUGGUACGCUGUCUGCAGUUAGACCAUCUGUACGACUUAAGUAGCAAAAUACAUUCCUGAGAUACAGGAGGUCAUUAAGAAUAACUUUUUCAGUCGAUACUGAUAAUUUUUCAUGUCGGUUGUAAUUUUGUGUUAUUAGUGACAAAUGUGUGUGUGUGUGUUUUUUUUUUUUUAGCUCUAGGCUUGUAUUGGUUUUAGAAAUAAAAAUGGUAACAUUUGAAACGUUAACACUUGCCUUUCAAAAGUAAUAGUGAUGGUAAAUGUAGGAACUGCCUAUGCGUGAUUAUAUUUUUACAGGAAAUUAAUACAAUUAUGGUCAAGGUAUAUUAGAAAUUGAGGCCCAUGAGUUAAACGGAGUAUGACCUAAUCCACUGAUACUGAAUUGGUAUGGACAUUAACACACUGACACCUGCGUAACGCCUGAUCUAGGCUACUGGUCAGGUAUACCAGAAACCUCAAUAUCCAUUGCCACAAUGGAUCGUAAAUACCUUGCGUUAUUCAUACAAAUACUGUUGCCUUUGAGACAUUUAGAGAAACAUUCAGCAGAGUUUGGUGCAACUUAAAUCCUUUCACAUUUCAAUUAAAGUUCAGUUUAUAGGGAUCGCUCAUUAGUGGCCAACAAGGAAUAGGGUAAGAGAUUCGCUGCUGCAAAGACCAACAGCCUACUGGUUGAUGACCCAGCCAAUCCAAAGCCAAACCUUCUUCUAGUUUGGUCGAUGUUGAAUGAAUGACUGAGGAACGAGAAGUUAUCAGCCGCUCUAAAACAGAAGUGUUCAGAUUCUGAGGAUAUUUUUGAAAUGGUUUUAGUUCCCCUGUGGUGCUUUUAUCCCGCAGUCAUGCAAGGUUAUUGUUUGUGUGUGAGAG